AUGUCUAGUUCAAAGAAGUGUAGUAAUAAAACAUUGUCCUCUCAACAAAAUAAAAGAAGUCAUAAUAAUGAUAAUGAUUUGCUUUUUGAAGAGCCUCAAUGGAUUGAUAUUGGGAAUAAAAGUAGUUGGGUUUGGAAAUAUUGUAGGGUAAAAACUGAUGGUCAUGCUUAUUGUAGAUAUAUUAUAAAUGAGAACGAAGAGACAGAAUGGUCUGUACAUAAAAAAUACGAAGAGAAAUAUGAGGAUAUUGAAGUUAAUCAAAAUGUACAAGAUAGUUCAGCUUCAACUGACCAAGAUUUAUCUAAUCUAAAUUCGGAAAUAGAUAAAGCAACAACUUAUACUUCUUUAAAAAUCUUACAAACUAUUAAUGAAUGUAAUACUCAGUGGGGGUCUUCUUUGGCUUCUUGGAAAUGCUUAAAAGAAUUAAAAGAAACUAGUAAAGAAGCAAAAAAAGAUUAUGAAAUAUUAAAAAAACGAUUCUUAAAAUAUUGGAAAUGGGACCUGCUCGAUCAUUUAAUUGAUCUUUUUAAACCAAUUGAAAAAGCAACGGAGUGGCUUGUAACUGAUGCUGAAGUUUUAUUUGCAAGUAUUUUAGACCCUAGGUUCAAAAAAAUGAAAGGAUGGCCAGAAGAAGAAAAAGAAAAAACAAUCACUUUAUUAAGAUCAGAAUACACUCUUUUUAAAAAUGAUGAACUUCUAAAUAGAGAGUCUGGGAAUAAAAAUAGAUAUCAUUUUAAAGAGCCUAAAGAAAAAACAAUUAGCAAUUUUAAAUCACGUCUGUUUGAAGAAGAAGAAGAGAAGAUUAAUGAUGAUGAUGAAAUUGAUUGUUAUCUUAGAUUUCAGACACCACAAGCUAAUAGUGAUAAAGAUCUAUUUAAAUGGUGGAAAGAUAAUAAGAAAGAUUUUUCUAUUUUUUUUAAGAUAUCUCAAAAAUAUUUAGGAAUUCCUGCAACUUCCGUUCCUAGCGAACGCCUUUUUA